ACCUAGACUUUUUCUUUUAUAUUUAGUAAUACGGUGGUUUGUUCUUUAAUCAUUUCGUGUGUACGUUAAUUUUGUAGCCCAUGCUUUUGCAUAAUUAAAAAGUCUGCAGGAAACGUCGUAACGGAGACGCAAAGUAUCCCCUCCAUAGUCUUCCCAGCGAUCCGUGCGACAAGAUGGAUGUUGCACUGUAAAGAAAAUGGCGAUCGCACAAGAGAUUGGGAUGCAGCUGGGGGCGCGGGCCCACGUGUGAUUCGAGAAAUGUCCCCCAGCAGCAAUCGCGAACGUGAGUGUAAACCGGCGUGUACUUUGUUUUCGUCCCAAAGCUGCAAGAAUAUACGCAACGUUGUGUCCUACAACUAGCAAUAAAUGAAGACUAAUAUCCCACAUGAUUUUUCAGGGACAUAUACUCAUAACAAAGAAAGUUGAUGGUAUCGUGGGGGCCUAGGCGCGAGGAGACAUGUUCGACGUCUCUGAUCUUUCCGAAGAAGAGCGCAGCUUAUUCCGUCCAUUCACACGCGAGUCGCUUGCAACCAUUGAGGCUCGCAUCGCCGAGGAAUAUGCGAAGCAGAAGGAGCUCGAAAAGAAAAGAGUUGAAGGAGAGACCAGUUUUGGACGAAGGAAAAAGAAAAAAGAAAUUCGGUAUGAGGACGAGGACGAAGAUGAAGGCCCCCAACCUGAUCAAAGUCUGGAACAGGGACUACCUUUACCUGUACGACUUCAUGGCAGUUUCCCCCCAGAACUGUCAAGUACACCACUUGAAGACAUCGACCCUUUCUACAGUAAUCAAAGGACUUUUAUAGUGAUCAGCAAAGGAAAGGACAUAUUCAGAUUUAGUGCAACAAAUGCAAUGUGGAUACUCGAUCCAUUCAAUCCUAUCCGUCGAGUAGCCAUUUAUAUCCUAGUUCAUCAACUUUUUUCUCUCUUCAUUAUCACAACCAUUCUUGUUAAUUGUAUACUCAUGAUUAUGCCCACCACACCCACCGUAGAAUCUACUGAAGUGAUAUUUACCGGUAUCUACACGUUCGAGUCUGCUGUGAAGGUGAUGGCUAGAGGUUUUAUUCUUCAACCAUUCACCUACCUUAGAGAUGCAUGGAACUGGCUCGACUUCGUAGUCAUAGCUUUAGCUUAUGUUACAAUGGGUAUAGACCUUGGAAACCUUGCUGCCUUGAGAACUUUUAGAGUGUUACGUGCUCUAAAAACCGUUGCCAUAGUGCCAGGUUUAAAGACUAUCGUCGGAGCAGUUAUUGAAUCUGUGAAAAAUCUUCGCGAUGUGAUAAUUUUAACGAUGUUUUCCUUAUCAGUAUUUGCACUUAUGGGUUUACAAAUUUACAUGGGUGUGUUGACCCAAAAGUGCAUAAAGCAAUUUCCUAUGGAUGGUUCGUGGGGCGCGUUAACGGAUGAGAAUUGGGAACGAUUUGUAAAAAACGAUUCUAACUGGUUUGGUUCGGAGAAUGCCUAUCCGUUAUGUGGAAAUUCGUCGGGCGCGGGCGGGUGUGAUGAAGGAUAUAUUUGCCUGCAGGGUUACGGUAAAAAUCCCGAUUAUGGUUAUACCAGUUUCGAUUCCUUUGGUUGGGCUUUCCUUUCCGCUUUUCGUUUAAUGACUCAGGAUUUUUGGGAAAAUUUAUAUCAACAGGUUUUGAGAUCGGCAGGACCUUGGCAUAUGUUGUUUUUUAUUGUUAUCAUAUUCUUAGGCUCGUUUUAUUUAGUAAAUUUAAUCUUGGCCAUAGUAGCGAUGUCGUACGAUGAGUUGCAGAAGAAAGCCGAAGAGGAAGAGGCGGCAGAGGAAGAGGCUAUUAGGGAAGCAGAAGAAGCGGCCAGGGCUAAACAGAACGCGUUAGAUAACCCUCCUCCUCCACCUGCGACAACGGUCACCGACGCCGCGCAAGACAUUGUGAAAUCUCCUUCUGAUUUUUCGUGUCAUAGCUACGAACUGUUCGUGGGGCAAGAAAAAGGCCACGACGAUAAUAACAAGGAGAAGAUGAGCAUACGAUCAGAAGGACUAGAUUCCGUGAGUGAGCAGAGAAGAGUUCCUACUAAUCCUUCCAAGAUGCGGAAAGUCAGCGCUACCAUGUCACGUGUUCAGGCAAGUCUCAGUCUUCCUGGGUCGCCCUUCAAUUUACGGCGAGGUUCACGAGGUAGCCACCAGUUCACGCUGCGCCAAAACCGGCGCAUGGUGGCACCCCCUGGUGAUCGGAAACCUUUGGUAUUGUCCACGUACCUUGAUGCCCAGGAACACCUGCCUUAUGCCGACGACUCCAAUGCCGUCACCCCUAUGAGUGAAGAAAAUGGUGCUAUGGUUGUUCCCAUGUAUUACGCUAACUUAGGUUCACGUCAUUCAUCGUUUACAUCACAUAUGUCGCGCAUGUCUUACACGUCACACGGAGACCUACUGGGAGGAUUGAGCGGAAAUGGCAAAGUUAUGACGAAGGAAAGUCAACUGCGAUCUAGAUCUAUGAGAAAUACACCAAUGGCUACCACAAACUAUGCCGAAUUUAACCAUAAACCUCAUCGGGGAGACUACGAUGGUCCAACGGGAUUGUGUGAAACAAAAUUGAAGCACUUGGAUAAUCCGUUCAUUGACAGUAGCCAAAGACAAACAUUUGUCGAUAUGAAAGAUGUGAUGGUUCUCAACGACAUAAUCGAGCAAGCAGCGGGACGCCAAAGUGAAACGAGUGAUCAUGGAGUUUCUGUGUAUUAUUUCUCAGCGAACGACGAUGAAGAGGACGAACCAACAGUCAAAGAACGUUUGCUGGCUACAACAAUGAAAAUGAUAGAUUUAUUAUGCGUUUGGGACUGUUGCUGGCCAUGGCUGACGUUUCAAAAAUAUGUAUCGCUCUUAGUUUUCGACCCAUUCGUGGAAUUGUUUAUAACCCUAUGCAUUGUUGUUAAUACACUUUUUAUGGCGCUCGACCAUCACAAUAUGGAUAAGCAACUCGAAAAGGCUCUUAAAAGUGGAAACUAUUUUUUUACGGCAACGUUCGGAAUUGAAGCGUCUUUAAAACUAAUAGCGAUGAGUCCAAAGUACUACUUCCAGGAAGGCUGGAAUAUUUUCGACUUUAUUAUCGUGUUUCUAUCUCUUCUUGAGCUUGGUUUGGAAGGCGUUCAGGGACUAUCCGUUUUACGAUCGUUUCGUUUGUUGAGGGUUUUCAAAUUGGCCAAAUCGUGGCCGACGUUAAAUUUACUCAUUUCCAUUAUGGGUAAAACGAUGGGUGCUUUAGGUAAUCUAACGUUUGUGUUAUGCAUUAUAAUAUUUAUAUUCGCCGUAAUGGGUAUGCAGUUGUUCGGAAAAAAUUAUACAGACAACGUUGACCGAUUUUCUGAUCAUGCGGUACCGAGAUGGAAUUUCAUAGAUUUUAUGCACUCAUUUAUGAUUGUGUUUCGAGUACUAUGCGGCGAGUGGAUAGAAUCUAUGUGGGACUGUAUGUUAGUCGGUGACGUAUCGUGUAUUCCAUUCUUCCUUGCAACAGUUGUGAUUGGUAAUCUUGUGGUUUUGAAUCUAUUCUUGGCCUUGCUUUUGAGCAACUUCGGUUCGGCAAAUCUAUCUCCAACCACGGCAGACAACGACACAAAUAAAAUAGCGGAAGCGUUUGUUCGCAUUGGACGAUUUAGUGCAUGGGUGAAAAGUAGUAUAUUGCAUAUUUUAAAACUGAUCCGGUUCAAACUCACCAAUCAGAUAUCUGACCAGCCGCCAGGUGAGGGACCGUCCAACAGUUGGAACCAAGAUACAAGAGACGGGGUUUUAGAAUUGUCUCGCGAUGAAAUAUUGGCCGACGGUAUCAUUUUUCGCGAUAAGAAAAGCCCAAAGGAUAGAUUAGAGGUUACAAUUGGAGAUGGUAUGGAAUUCACGAUACACGGCGAUUCAAAAACAAACCUGAAACGCGGUAAAAAUAGUUUAAACAAAAGCAAAACUAUCGGUAACUCCAUUCUAGAACAUGGCGAUUUCAUAAGCCACUUAGACGAUGACCAAAUUAGCAACAAGUCAUACGGUAGCCAUAAGAAUAGGUUUAAAGACGAAAGCCAUAAGGGAAGCGCGAACACACUAGACCCAGACGAACAUGAAGAAAAGCGCGACGCGAGCAAAGAAGAACUGGGAAUUGAAGAUGAUGAAGAAGAGUGCGACUGCCAACGUCCAUUAGAUGAAGAUCUGGUAGAUGCAGCAACGGACGAUGUUAUUAUGCAAGAUUACGCAUCCGAUUGCUUUCCUGAAUCAUGUUACAAAAAGUUUCCAUUACUCGCCGGUGAUGACGAUUCGCCCUUCUGGCAGGGCUGGGCUAAUCUUCGUUUUAAAACGUAUCAGUUAAUAGAAAAUAAAUAUUUUGAAACGGCAGUUAUUACCAUGAUUCUGUUAAGUAGUUUAGCCCUAGCCUUAGAAGACGUAUAUUUACCUCAACGCCCAAUUUUACAAGACAUCCUCUAUUAUAUGGAUAGAAUAUUUACCGUAAUAUUUACUUUUGAAAUGUUAAUUAAAUGGCUGGCCCUUGGAUUUCAAAAGUACUUCACGAACGCGUGGUGCUGGUUAGACUUUGUUAUUGUAAUGGUAGGUGGCAACGGAAUGGAAGAGUGGGAAAUUUACUGUGUGUUGCAGGUAUCGUUGAUAAAUUUUAUAGCAUCUCUGUGUGGAGCUGGAGGAAUACAAGCUUUUAAAACCAUGAGAACGUUAAGAGCACUUCGUCCAUUGAGAGCGAUGUCCCGGAUGCAGGGGAUGAGGGUAGUCGUAAAUGCCCUGGUGCAAGCAAUUCCGUCUAUCUUCAAUGUAUUGUUAGUGUGUUUGAUAUUUUGGUUAAUUUUUGCAAUUAUGGGCGUCCAGUUAUUUGCGGGGAAAUACUUCAAGUGUGUUGAUCAAAACAAAUCAACGUUGAGUUAUGAGAUCAUUCCUGACCGUAACGCGUGUGACACCGAAAAUUACACGUGGGAAAAUUCGCGGAUGAACUUUGACCAUGUUGGAAAGGCAUAUCUGUGCUUAUUUCAAGUUGCAACGUUUAAGGGUUGGAUACAAAUUAUGAACGACGCAAUCGAUUCGCGUGAGCAACAAGAUAAGCAACCUAAACGAGAAACCAACAUUUACAUGUAUCUGUACUUUGUAUUUUUCAUUAUCUUUGGAUCAUUUUUUACGCUUAAUCUGUUCAUCGGUGUCAUCAUCGACAAUUUCAACGAGCAAAAGAAAAGGGCUGGUGGAUCUUUGGAAAUAUUUAUGACGGAAGAUCAGAAGAAGUAUUACAACGCAAUGAAAAAGAUGGGAUCUAAGAAACCCAUGAAAGCUAUUCCUAGACCUAAGUGGAGACCACAAGCUAUAGUUUUUGAAAUUGUAACAAAUAAGAAAUUUGAUAUGAUUAUCAUGUUGUUUAUUGGGCUUAACAUGUUGACGAUGACGAUGGAUCAUUAUCAACAAGCACAAACGUUUACUGAUAUUUUGGAUUGGCUCAAUACAAUAUUUAUUUGUAUUUUCUCCACCGAGUGCCUCAUGAAAAUUUUUGCAUUACGUUAUCACUAUUUUACCGAGCCUUGGAAUCUAUUCGAUUCUGUCGUUGUUAUAUUCUCCAUCCUGAGUCUUGUGCUCAGCGAUAUUAUUGCUAAGUAUUUCCUAUCGCCAACGUUACUUCGUGUAGUACGAGUAGCAAAAGUGGGCCGAGUGUUGCGUCUAGUUAAAGGUGCUAAAGGCAUUCGGACGUUAUUAUUUGCCUUAGCAAUGUCAUUGCCUGCAUUAUUCAACAUAUGUUUGUUACUCUUUCUCGUUAUGUUCAUUUUUGCUAUAUUCGGGAUGUCGUUCUUCAUGCACGUUAAAGAAAAGAGUGGCGUGGAUGACGUCUACAAUUUUAAAACAUUUGGACAAUCUAUGAUCUUACUUUUUCAGAUGUCAACCUCUGCUGGCUGGGACGGUGUUUUGGACGGUAUAAUAAAUGAAGAGGAGUGUAAAGAACCAAAUUUGGAAAUCGGCGAGACGGGAAAUUGCGGGAAUUCGACGAUCGGAAUAGCAUUUUUGCUUAGUUAUCUAGUGAUAUCGUUUCUAAUUGUUAUAAACAUGUACAUCGCCGUUAUCUUGGAAAAUUAUUCUCAAGCGACGGAAGAAGUUCAGGAAGGUUUAACGGACGACGACUACGAUAUGUAUUACGAAAUAUGGCAGCAGUUUGAUCCCGAGGGAACGCAAUAUAUUCGCUACGAUCAACUGUCCGAAUUUCUCGAUGUGCUUGAGCCCCCACUUCAGAUUCACAAACCGAAUAAAUAUAAAAUUGUAUCUAUGGAUAUUCCAAUUUGUACAGGCGAUAUGAUGUAUUGUGUAGAUAUUUUAGAUGCGCUUACAAAAGAUUUCUUUGCGCGAAAGGGCAAUGCUAUAGAAGAAUCGGCAGAACUGAACGAAGUACAAGCGAAACCCGUUAUCCCUGGUUACGAAACCGUAAGUUCGACGUUAUGGCGACAGCGAGAAGAGUAUUGCGCUAGAUUAAUACAAAACGCUUGGCGAAAGCAUAAGCGUCAACGAUGUGGUGCAUCGGAACAAUCAGACAAAGGUGACGCUGAUGGAGAUGGGGAAUUGGAAGGUAGACAAACAGCUGUAUUGGUGCAAAGUGAUGGGUUUAUGACUAAGAAUGGUCAUAAAGUAGUGCUCCACAGUCGUACACCGAGCCUUAGUUCACGAUCUGCAGAUGUAUGAGACUGGCCCCGUCCCUCCCCGGCCGAGCAUUAAAAAAUUGCUACAACAGGCUGGUUGUAUCGUGCGUUAUUUUAUUUCAGCUGUUCAGCAAAUUUCUUGAAAAUGCAUACAUCGAAUUCUAAAAAAAAUAACUUAGGUAUCCGAACGGAGAUUAUUUGUGUGUGACCUUAGUAGAAAUACAGCUGAGAUAAAAUGUAUGGCUGUUGAAUGGACCUGUGCUGUGUAGUUUGAUGGAGAAGAUACCUUUCACUUACUAUCAACUGCUUUAACUGCUCAUAUUGCUAUUCAUAUUAAUGAUAAGUGUACAAACUAUUAUGCAGUAACUAAAAUUAAUAGUUUUAUGAACAGUGCGUACGUGCCGUACACGCGCCAACUAGGUAUUUAUAAAAUUCCAAAAUAUAUCUGCCACUACUUAAAUAAACGCUUAUGUCCCAGCAUAAGUCGACAUUUUACGUAAAGGCAAAUGGGAAGUCUAAAAAAAUCUAGUUAUCGAAUUGAAGUCAGUUGAUAAAAGAAAACAAACAAUUUUUACGUUCAUAUCUUCCAAGUUUCUAUCGAUUUUUCAAACAUUUAAACUAUAUACAAUGCGUUGCUUCGUUUUUACUUUAUUGCAGAUUAUCACCAUUUUUCGAUAUCAUCUCCCCAUGGGAAGGUUCAAAAAUUGACCCCACCCCAAAAGAGCAAUUCAUCUUUUGUCACACCAUAUCGCUUACGCGCUUUUGCAUUACUACGUGUCCAACAGUUUUCCAUACAUUCUGCAAUAUCGUCUAAAAUACCCUUAAUCAAUUUGCAUUCUGUAUAUACUUUAAAUGCUAAUUUUUUACAAAUCCACUGAUAUAACGCUGCAUUUGACAACUAAAGUGCAGCAAGCCUUCAUGUUGAUAAAAUGGAAGCAUCAGUUCCCAAGUUGCUUCCAUAUUCUUAGUUCAAUAACUUCCAGCCAUAGUAUGUGAAAAGUGUACUCAUUUUGCCAAUUUCGGAUAAUUUUUACUAUACAAUAUGUAAGUAAAGAAAUGCACAAACGCAAAACUUUAUACUUUUCGAGAUAUGGCCCAACAUUACUGUAAAUGGAACCAAAUAAUUUGAUAGUAGACAAUUUAAAAAUCAAAUCGUCGAGUUAAUUAUAAAGAUUAUGGUGCUUUUUCAAUUUGCUAUUCUUCAAGCUGUCUUCACAUGCUACAUGGACCGCAAUUGGGGGAGGGGCGAACGGGCAUUUGCUAAAAUACACGGAUUUUGUAUGCCUCAUAAGACACUAUAUAUUGUAAGUUUGUAUGCGUGACAUUUUUUCGGCACUACUUUUAAAAUACUUACGGCACAUGUGUUUUAUAUUUAUAAAAAAAUUGUAUGAGCUUAUUAUGACAAAUUUGCUUAAUUACACUCAUUUAUAAAGAUAAAAUCGUGAAACUAAACGAACACUCCUGUUGAGACUAAAUGUAUUAGUUUGCUUACACGAUUUCGUAAUUAGAUUAUCAAAACGGCCACAUGCGUUGCCAUUUAUCGUCGCACAUCGGCAUGAAAAAUGUCACUCAUACCACUACGCAAAUUUUGAUUCUAACAAAAGAUCAGCGCAUAGAUGUAGUUGAUUGAUUGUCAUUAUAUGUUUAAAUACGUGCUGUUACAAUAUCAUUCUGUUACGCGAUUAUUACUAAUAUAUUAUUGUUACACAUUUAUAAAAAAAACAUUAAAAGUCCAGAGUUGUGUCUGUACUCGCUCUUAGUUUCUGUUGAGAGCAAACAUUCUGAAACAUCGACCGAUAUUCCCAAUCGGCCGAAGUUUCAGACAUUUUUACUAUGAAAAAACCUGCUGGUUUCAGGUUCGGUUUGCUAGCAGUGCUGGUAAAGACACGAUUUUGGGACUAGAAUGUAAAGUGAUAAAUAAUUAUAUUUAUGCGGCCAAUUGCUACAAAUAGUUAUUGUUUUAAAAAAUCACCGCUUGGAUAUGGUUGCAAAACAGUUCAAAAAACGAUUGCGUCUUCGGUGGAAAAGCAACUGUUGUGCGAGUGUGUCGCAUUUUAAUACCAAAUAAGCUAUACACAAAAUUAUUGAACAACAGGCACCAUUAUUGUUUCAAUAUCCUGCCGUUUGUUACAUCUACCAUCAUCUUUGACUUUUUUGUGGCUCGUCCUAAUGAAUUUAUUAUUAUAGUCAAAUUCGCCCGAUGUUUUAUUGGCAGAAAGUAAUUGGACCUUAAACGCAUUUGAUAUAGAAGCUUGCCCUCCAAUUAAUGUACGCGUCUCUUUAAAUUUUCCAAAUAAAAUUUGUAAGAGCGUAAAUAAUUUAAACCAACCAAUAUUUUUUUACCAAGCAUAUACGCACUAUUAUGCCCUCGUGGAAAAUUUAAAAUGAACGCUUACAAUGUAUUUAAAAAAAAGUGCGUCCAAAAAUGUGGUGCGAGGGUAGCGUUCGCCUACAUUAUUUUUUUGCAAAACGUCUUUUAUACCUAUGUAUUCGAAUAAAACAUUUUAGAUAGGUCAAGACUGAGUACGCAUAUUUCAGUCAAAACUGUAUGCACAAUAAAUGACAAUUUCAAUCCCUCUAAAGUGAUUACUAAAUUCAUUAGACAACACACAAAAAAGGGCAUGCAUUUUGCACAUGACUGUAAACAUGCUUUUUUUGCAUAUGAAAGCAAUGUUAAUGUACGCAGCCAUAUAUGUAUGUAUUGUUGAAUAUACAUAUAAAUAUGCCACAAAUACAUUUGGACAACUCAUUAAUGUAAUAUAAUAAUCAUAGUAUUACAACAUAUAUACAUACAUAAUUUUUCUAAGCAAUCGUUGUUUUAGGAUAGCUAUGGUAUGUUAAGAUUUAGUUCGUAAGCUUGGCGAAAAGUUAAGGCGAUGAAUCUCGAUUUUAAGUCACAACAUUAUUAUAUACAACCACCGAAAUAUUGAAUUCCUUUUGAAAUUAGCUUGUUUUUAAUCAAAACAUGCUGUGUUGAAAAAGAGGUAAAAACCACUUUAUUCUACAAAAAGAGCUUUAUAUUUCAAUUAAAAAUAAAACCAUUUGAAAUAUGCCAUUUUUA